UUUGGCUUACUAACUACUGAGGAAAUUGUCCAAAGGGACUUCAGGGUCAUUUCCUGAACCUUGAUCACUGAGUCUACCUUGUGUUACUAAUCCUUGAUUCACUAACACCAACAAGAAUGGAAAUGGUAGAUGGAUGCCAUUUUUCCCCAUCUGAAUUCUUUUACGACAGCUCUUGUAUACCUUCUCCUGAAGAGGAAUUCACAGAUGAAUUUGAGCAUGGGAUGUCUGUCUAUGACGCUCACAAAAAUGACCUGCAAGAAUCCGAUGAAGAAGAGCAUGUUAGAGCACCCACUGGCCACCACCAAGCAGGUCACUGUCUGAUGUGGGCAUGUAAAGCCUGUAAACGUAAGUCCUCUACCAUGGAUAGGAGAAAGGCAGCAACCAUGAGGGAGCGAAGGCGUCUUAAGAAAGUAAACCAUGCUUUUGAAACUCUGAAAAGAUGCACCUCUGCCAACCCAAAUCAAAGACUACCUAAGGUGGAAAUCCUUAGAAAUGCAAUUAAAUAUAUAGAAAGCCUCCAAGAUCUGCUUAGAGAACAAGUAGAAAAUUAUUACAGCCUCCCAGGACAGAGCUGCUCAGAACCAGGGAGUCCAGAGUCCAGCUGUUCGGACGGCAUGACAGAAUGCAGCAGCCCACAGUGGUCCAGAAAGAAUUCCAACUUCAACAAUGUGUAUUGUUCUGAUUUACAGACAUCUUUUUCUACAAACAAGCUUGCAACUCUGUCCAGCCUCGACUGUUUGUCUAGUAUUGUAGAUCGGAUUUCAUCUUCGGGUCAGUGUUCUUCAAAUAUUCAUGAAUCCAUCUCCUUAUCGCCCACGACCAGCAUGGACUCACCACCAACGACACCCGAAAUCUCUGACUCCAGACCCAUUUACCACGUGUUAUAAGCCUGUGCCAUGUGAAUGCCAUCGAUGUUUCCAUUCCAUACUUUAGGUCUUAAUUCAAAAACUUUUAUCAUAGUCCUGAGAAUGAGAAUGCCCCUAAACCUGUAAAGACUAAAAAUAAUAUAUAUGUGUAUAUAAACUGAUAUUUUGUAUGUGAAUAAAUUAUAAUUCUGCUCAACAUAUUGCAUUAGACGAUGAAGCACACCUUUUUUUUAUCUUCCAUUUUAAUUGCCACCUGCAAAAAGCUUGGCUUACAAAAAAAAUAGGGUAUAUAAUUGUCUAA